GAAUUUUAUUUUAGACUUUUCUUUACCGAGUUAUAGGAAAAAUACCGAAAAACUUUCAAAAAAACUAUGUUUUUAAAUUUUGGAAACCCCAUAACUCGAUAAAGAAACGUCUAAAACAAAAUUCCAAAAUUAUACCUCUGCACAAUGACCUUGGGUACCUCUGGUAAAAUUUUUAACUCGAUCGGAUGAAAUUUAAGGGAGUCGUACUGUGGUCCAAUGGAACCCGGUAGCAAAAAAAGUAGUUUUCGAGAAAAAACGCAUUUUGUACACAGGCCACUUUUUUCAGGGCAUUUUCCAGAUACUUAUAUCUCCACGAAAACUCAUCAGAAAAUUCGGAAAAACGUCUCAUUGAGAAGAAAAUACUUUCUUCUAUCAGACUAUACGUAAGAAAAAGCUCGAAUGUACAGAAAAGGAGAGAAAAAUUUAUGAAACUAAAAAAUUGAGUUUGGUAAAGAGAGGAAUAUCCUUAAGUGGAAAAGAAAUGUCGGAUUAAUCAGUCGUUGCAGUGCCCAUUUCUAGCUGGAACACAAUUUCAAUCUGCUUGCAGUCAUAUAAACGUAUCUUUAUUUUACCUGUAAACAGAUACUGUAACUAGAUUCUCUCGCCUACUUAGUUUUGCUUGAGAUAGGAAAAACGCUUGUCAAUCAAUGUAGACCUUAGGGCGUAAAAGUGAAACUGCUCUUACACGUUAAAGCUAUCACGUGUGAUCUUGUACACAGUCAUACAAAACAGUUCUAUCAUCUUGCCUCUAAUUCGGUCGGAAACACAUCUCGCCAUGACUCUUCCACCAGAGGAUGUAUAAAAUGAUCUCUUUCAAUCGAAGAUGCCAUAUGAAUAUCAAAGUGUUUUAGAAUAUUUCUCAAUGGCAUCUUUUUUGUUAAGAAGAGGAUAAACGAAAAAUAGAUGUCAUGCACAUCUGGAACAUUUCAUGCAUAUCGGCAAAGAUACCAUAUCACAGUUUUAUCACUUUCAUCAUAUGGCAUCUUUUUCCUUGCUUUUGUGACUUAUGGUGGUGCUUUUCCAUGUGUAAACUUCAACCCCUGUUUGCACCUAUUUUAUUACACGGAGAAGCUUUAUAAAAAAAGACUCUUACUAGUAGUUUGUCUACAAUAAACUAUGUUUGUUCUUAUUUAGGUACAUCUGUCACACCAAUAGAGAAAACGGGUAUGUCCAAUUUUGUUAGCUUUUGUGAUGGUCGUCAAGAUUUAAAAAAUGGGACACGUCAUUGUUUAUCUGUUGAUCGUACAUUUCAAGAUCAAUUAUGUUAUCAUCGAAAUAAUUGUGCAGAUCGAAUGCCAUUUUUAUGUUUUACUUAUCCCGUAGUAUCGGUUGAAUUGAAUAAUCUACUAAAAAAUACAACAAAAGAUAAAUUAGAUCGACAAUUAUUAAUUGAAGUACAAGUUAAUGAACAUCAUCAUGACGACUUUAAUAAAGUAUCAACACCACAUUUUAAUCUAAGUAAUAAUUCUUAUAUCAUGACACAACAAAAUGAGGCUAUUGUUCGACCAUAA